UAUUAUUAUUAUUAUUAUUAUUAUGAUUCUCUCUCAUUAAUUAAUUACAAUUGAGCCUCCGAAAUUUCAUACCCUAACUCUCAAUCCCUAAAUUUCCUCCAAAUUCGUUGAUUUUCGAGGAAUUCAGUCAUUCCUUGAUUUGAUCGCCCUUCUCCUUCGUGGAUCUGAAGCAAAGUAGGGUUUUUGGAUGUUAAUCUGACGGUUUGAGAGGAGAAAGAGAGAAAGCAAGGCAUGGGGAAAGGAGGAGGAUGCGUGCCAAGCAAGAAGAGGCAGCCAGCUGGUGCGCCGGAGAACCCCUCUCGCGCCGCCCGUGCCGCCGCGGCACCGGUGCCUGUUGAAGAGAAGAGCCCCUCGUCAGCGGCGUCGCAGGCUGUGGCGCCGAUGGAGGAGAUCAAGCUCAAGGUUUUCAUAGUGUUUUACUCAAUGUAUGGGCAUGUGGAGAGCUUGGCGAGGAGGAUGAAGAAGGGGGUGGAUGGGAUUGAUGGGGUUGAAGGGGUGCUUUACCGGGUGAGGGAGACGCUGCCGGCGGAGGUGCUGGAGCAGAUGAAAGCGCCGGAGAAGGAUGAAGGGAUUCCUUUGAUAUCAGCGGAGGAGUUGGUGGCGGCGGAUGGGGUGUUGUUUGGGUUUCCGACGAGGUAUGGUGCCAUGGCGGCACAGAUGAAGGCUUUCUUUGAUUCAACAGGGCAGUUGUGGAGGGAGCAGAAGCUUGCAGGGAAGCCGGCAGGGUUCUUUGUGAGCACGGGGACACAGGGUGGCGGGCAGGAGACCACAGCAUGGACAGCCAUUACCCAGCUAGCACACCAUGGAAUGCUCUUUGUUCCCAUCGGAUACACCUUUGGAGCAGCCAUGUUCAAGAUGGAUGACAUUAGAGGUGGUUCUCCUUAUGGUGCUGGAGUCUUUGCUGGUGAUGGUACUAGAGAAGCUAGUGAAGUUGAGCUUGCACUUGCAGAGCACCAGGGCAAGCACAUGGCUUUGGUUGUCAAGAGGCUUCUCCGUCCUUGAUGUCACUGCUUGUAAUCAACACCACUCCAAAUUCCUCACAAUCUCAACUUUCUUCGUUCCCCUCUUGAUUUUUGAACUAUCAAUUUUAAUUUGUGCAUGUUCCAUGUUCCAAGGUGUGCUUUUAUCUUUAUUCUUGUGCAGAUCAGUACAGUAAAGGAGCCUCAUAUUGUGUUGCAUUGUUUCCAAAUUCCAAUUUAUGCUGUAAUUGUUUAGUAUCCAUCUUGUAAAUGAUCAUUGACAUUAAAAUUUAUAUAAUAAGGUGGUUGUUUGUUUAUAAUA